AGGCCAUCCGUUCCGCGAGAAAAACGCAGGCCAAGGCCUCAAAGAGCGUCUGAAGAAGUCUACGAGGUGGAGUCCGCUUGCGAUUCUGGUGCAUCUCCGUCUUCAGGUGGUACUUCUUGGCGGGCCCAUGCGGAGGCUUGUGCUGCCGGUCAAGGGAAGGACGAUCUCGGGCGUGAUGAAACCAACCACUGUCCAGAUUGUCCACCCAGUCUCUCAACUUCAGCCUCUUCACAAGAGCCGCAAGUUUCUCGCGCACCACUUCCGCCUCCUCUACCAACAGUUCCUCCCGUUCCGCUUCGACAGUUUCAAGGUUAUUCUUCUACAACUCUUGUAGAAGCCGCAUCAGCGCAGGUAGCACUGCUCAGCCCUGCUCCGAGCACUCGCCGAUCUUCGGGCUGUGAGUGAGUCCAAAUCUCAGCAUCUUAGUGUCAAAGUCCAGAUGUCUCACAAAGCAAGCUCUGCAAACGCAGAUGGCAUGCAAAA